AUGGGGUGCUCUAAAAGCCUAGUAGCUGGCCUCUUAGCCAUGCUGUUCCUAGCUUGGACCGUCCUAGCCACCGACCCUGAUCCUCUCCAGGACUUCUGUGUCGCCGACCUUGAUGGCAAGACGGUCUCGGUGAACGGGCACCCAUGCAAGCCCAUAUCUGAGGCCGGCGACGACUUCCUCUUCUCGUCCAAGCUGGCCAAGGCUGGCAACACGUCGACCCCGAAUGGCUCGGCCGUGACGGAGCUCGACGUGGCCAAGUGGCCCGGUACGAACACGCUGGGCGUGUCGAUGAACCGCGUGGACUUCGCGCCAGGGGGUACCAAUCCGCCGCACAUCCACCCCCGUGCCACCGAGAUCGGUAUCGUGAUGAAAGGUGAGCUCCUCGUUGGAAUCCUUGGCAGCCUUGACUCUGGGAACAAGCUCUACUCCAGGGUGCUCGACGUGGCCGAGUGGCCCGGUACGAACACGCUGGGCGUGUCGAUGAACCGCGUGGACUUCGCGCCGGGGGGCACCAACCCGCCGCACAUCCACCCCCGCGCCACCGAGAUCGGCAUCGUGAUGAAAGGUGAGCUCCUCGUUGGAAUCCUCGGCAGCCUUGACUCUGGGAACAAGCUCUACUCCAGGGUGGUGCGCGCCGGAGAGACGUUCCUCAUCCCGCGGGGCCUCAUGCACUUCCAGUUCAAUGUCGGGAAGACCGAGGCCUCCAUGGUCGUCUCCUUCAACAGCCAGAACCCCGGCAUCGUCUUCGUGCCACUCACGCUCUUCGGCUCCAAUCCACCCAUCCCAACGCCGGUGCUCACCAAGGCACUCCGGGUGGAGGCCGGGGUCGUGGAACUUCUCAAGUCCAAGUUCGCCGCUGGGUUUUAA